AUGCUUGCAGUUGCCACAGCUUUCAGGCGGACACAACGCAAUGUCGUACGCGGAUGUCGAACACAGACGGAGAUACAUCAUACUCUUCAAUGCAUUUGCCUCUUUAAACGAAAGCUGUCACACUUGAUCGCAGCGCCGGACCAAGACGCUCUCUGGGCCACCUCAGCGUUGCUCGGCCUCAUAGCGAUCGUGUCAUUUGAGGAGACGAGCCCUGAAGAUGCUUGGCCUCUUCGAUCUGGGCAUGCUUCUGAUCUUGAGUGGGUGCGGCUGACCGUCGGAAAGCGUAUCAUGUGGACCUUGACCGACCCUCUGCGCACGAACGGCUUGUUUCGAGCCAUGGCAUCUGAGUACGCUGAUAUGGAAUUUCCAAUACCUGAAGCCAGUACAGCCGGUAUUCCUUCUUCUUUGAUAAAGAUGCUCAAAUCUUCAGUUGCCUUGGGCUUUCGCAAGAUGUCAAGAGCCUCUAUGCUAUUCAUCCUGUUGAGUCUAUCGCUCAUUAUUAUUUUGUUGUACCCAAAUGCACGCUUUGGUCCUCACGCGCUCGAGUAUCUACAAGGCAAUCGGACACUGGAGAUAGAACAGCAUUCACGCAAUCAGACUUUGGAGGCCGAGCAACAUCCCAGCAAUCAAACUGAUCAUAUCGAACACGCCGGCAGCCAGAUACCGACUUCUCCUCUUGAGAGCACUACGAAGCCAAGUAGUGUGCGUCUUGAUGUUGUGACAGAAGCUCUCAAGCCAACUCUCACACCUGAGUCUAUUGUUGCAGAGAUUGCGGAGCCGACUCUUGCACCUGAGCCAACUCUUGCACCUGAGCCAACUCUUGCACCUGAGCCAACUCUUGCACCUGAGCCAACAAGGCCUAUAGACCCUAUAGAUAGCCUUAACUCUGAACUGGACGCGCCACAAAAGCAGCACAAAGACCGCCGCUUCGUUUUGGUAAUACCUGCUACGUCGCCAAGUCCGGAUCUAUGCAAGACAAUAGCAACGGCGCUCGCUCUUGGCUAUCCAAGUCCGAUAAUCAUCAACUGGGGAAUAGACUAUCGUGCGAUAACAAAGUGGGAGGGCGGCCAAAACCUCCCUAAAAUCCCAGGAUUCGUGAAGUAUCUCGAUGCGGCACUGCAUCCGGAAGCUCACCCGGACGAGAAGCUAGAGUAUGACGACCUUGUGCUUAUGGUUGAUGCCUACGACGUCUGGUUUCAACUCCCUGCGGAUAUUCUCCUGAAAAGAUACCAUGAUAUCAACAAGAGAGCCAACAUCAGACUACAGCAACAGUGGGACAGAGAUGAGCCUGUUCCCAUGCGACAAACCAUCAUCGCAGCGUCUGGGAAAAACUGCCAUCCACAACCAAACUCGGGCUCCAACAUGCACUGCGAAAGAUUGCCGGAUAGCCCAUUGAGAGCAGAUCUGUACGGUCCAGACACGGAAAAGGAUGCAAACAAGCAUCGAGAUCAUCGACCAAAGUACAUCAAUGGGGGUGUUUACAUUGGCCCUGCAGGGGACAUGAGGCGACUGUUUCGUCGUGCCGCAGAGAAGAUGGAAGCAGGCCUUAAUCAAGGUGUCCACUUAUUCAGCGAACAAGGCAUUCCUGGAGAAGUGCUGGGUGAGCAAGAGGUCUGGCGACAAUGGCGGCGAGCAAGCAAAGAAGUCAUCCAAGACAGUGACGCAAACUUUCUUAUGGACCGGGACUUUGAGUAUCACUUUGGGCUCGACUAUAAUCAAGAGCUGUCCAUCCAGACCUUUUGGACAGAUACUGACGACGGGCUAUUUGAUGGAGCCUUUGUCUUACUAAACAACCAGUCUGUCAUUGAUGCACACUCCGAGGCAUUGGGCAUAUCCCCCGUGAGACUCCACGGUGUCCCAGAGGAUAUUAAGUCGGCAAGAAAUCCGCUUGCCGGCGUGAUCGAAUCACCAGAUUGGGGAGAGAUGGAGCUGUAUGCCGAUUUUUUCACCGAAUCAAUUCCUGCCAUAGUCCACCACAACGGGUUCAAAGAAAGACGAACAUCUUGGUGGGACAAGCCUUGGUUCCACCAGCACUUGCGAAAGCUCCUCACCAUCCACCUAGCGCCUAGGAUACCUGAUGAGCCAUUGGCGACGAUAGAAGCUGAGGACAGUGGCGUCAAAUACUGGGCUACUACAGCGGAGAAGUUAGAUAGGAGGCCACGACUGAUGGGCGACUCGGCUCAGGCUCCCUUAAAAAAGGUUGGGUUCCAAGACGUUUGUCAGUACUUGGAUGAUUCACUUCGUCUGCCUGGUGACCACUGGUGGGAUGAAGUGUUUCGCGACGCGGGAGGGCCGCUUAGUUGA